AGUUCCCUUUGUUUAAAAGGGAAUCCCAGUGGGAGUAGCAAUCAAUUGGGAGAAAAGAAGAGGGAGAGGUAACGUGAAAGAGCAGCGAAGAAACAGAAAAGAUGAAGAUGCUGCUAACUGCCUGUUUUAUUGUUCUUCUGAGCUGCCAAAUAGGUCAAGCCCUGGAUUGCUAUAAAUGUGAAUAUGGAACCUGCUUGACCCCCACCAAGAUGACCUGUGGAACGUUGGAGACAUGUGUGACCUACACCGCGCAGACAGGUGGCCUUUCUUUGAAGAAAAAAGGCUGCACAAGCCCAACUAAUUGCAUGACGGGGACUUCUGAGACCUACAUGGGUAUCACAGUGACAACGUCCCCUUCCUGCUGUAUAACAAACCUCUGUAACUCGGCCUUCACCCCGAGGGUGUCAGCGGUCACUGGCCUUGCUGUCCUUCUCUCACUGUGGAUGGCAAAAGUGUUCUGAGCCCACGAAGAAUCGUAAACCAUCCUGGGACAAAGAGCCGACCCAAGAUCGUUAAUGCUCUUUCUCUCUGCAGAAGGCCACCUUUUAAUCAGUUUUAAAUGUGCUGUGUAUUACCCCUCAAUGUUCCCCUUUUCUUCACAAAAAGUUCCUCCUGUUAUGGAUCAUAAAGUCUGUAUAUUUACCAUGUAGUUGUUGCUAUUCAGCUGGUCUUCUGCUGAAGAAUCUGUCAAAAUUGCAUAAGUAAGAUUGCAAGCUCUUCAGACAGACUCUGUCAGGUGCAGGGUAUCUCAGUCUUCAUCCAUUUGGUCAACUGCUGUUACAUUUUUUUAAGCUCUGAAAAAAGACUAGUGCAAUGCUUUUCUUUUUU